GUUCCAAUAGAUUGGGUGACCAAUAUUAUUGGUUCCAAUAGAUUGGGUGACCAAUAUUAUUGGUUCCAAUAGAUUGGGUGACCAAUAUUAUUGGGACCCAAUAUAUUGUAUUGGUGCAUGCCUAGGACAACAAGCACUGUUAGUCACACUACAACAAAUGUCACGUGAUCCUGGAUUGACAUUAAAGGAGCGUGAAAGUGUAACUGAACUUUUUAAUGGAGUGUUAGAUGAUUCAUUUUUAUAUCUUCUACAUUUUCAUUACGAUCUACACGAAUGUGUAUCAGGUGAACUUGUAAAACUUAUGCAAAAAGAUGAAAUAUCAUAUGCAAUGUUGACAGAAAAGAUUAAUGAAAAAAAACAAAUUCUGAACGAGUGGAUAUCACCAUUACCUUUACUACAGCAGCAAGAAGAAAUGAAAGUAUCAUCACCUCAACAACAAAUUUAUUCGUGGGGACCAUCAUUAGCCGAAUAUAUCAAACUCACUGAAGAUAAUUCGUUUGGUGCAUUCACUCUGGACACAUCAAAUCGCCAGAAUCUCGAAAAACAAUGUUGCUUGCAUGUUAAAAGAUUUAUAGAAGAAUUAGAACAUCGUUUUCCACCUUCCUAUCUACAUCAGAGCUUUGCUACUCUCUUUGAUCCUGUUUAUUUGUUUAAAAAUCAACAACAAUUACAUGUGCCAAACUAUGGCCGAUCAGAAUUAGAUUACCUAAGAAAAAAAUAUGAACAGCUAGACGAUUUCAAUAUCAAUAGCAUCAAGAAUGAAUGGGAAUCACUUAAGCCAUUAUUAUUACGCUUUAUGGAUAUUGAUGGUAACAAACAUUUGAAGAAGGUAUUUUGGAAGUCAUUUGUCGAAUUACAACGGACAAUAAAUAGCACAUUUGAUCUAGAUUAUAAAAAUAUUCUAUUAUUGUUAAACGUGUAUCUAAUCUCUCCGACAAAUUCAGCUGAAUGUGAACGCGGUUACAGUGCAUCAAAUCGAAUACAAACGGAUGGUCGUUCAAGAAUAAUGAUAGAUACAUUAGAUUGUUUAU